AUGCCCCGCAGGAAGGCGGCGGGGCCGCCCUGGGACGCGGCGGACCCGGGCCCUCAGGGCGGCGGGCGGCGGCGGCCGGGCCCUCAGGGCGGCGGGCGGCGGCGGCCCCGGCCCGGCGGCGGCAGCAGCGGCGGCAGCAGCGAGGAGGAGGCGCCCCGGGAGCGGCGGCCGCGGGACGGCAGCCCCGGGGCCCGCAGGCCCGGCAGGCCCGGCGCGGCGGCGGCGGCGGCGGGGCCCGGAGGCCCCGGGGCCCGCGGGCAGAGCGUGGUGAUCUGCGAGCCCGAGCACAGCAAGGAGCGCAUCAAGCUCGAGGGCUCCCGGAGCCGGGGGCAGCUCCUGAUCUUCGGUGCCACCAACUGGGACCUGAUCGGCCGCAAGGAGGUGCCCAAGCAGCAGGCGGCGUACCGAAACCUUGGUCAGAACCUGUGGGGGCCGCACCGCUACGGGAGCCUGGGGGCUCUGCGGGUUCGCUCGGUGGUGUCGGGGCCCUGCGCCGCUCACAGCCUGCUCAUCACCGCCGAGGGCCGCCUCUGGAGCUGGGGUCGGAACGAGAAGGGGCAGCUGGGCCAUGGGGACACAAAGCGCGUGGAGGCUCCACGGCCGAUCGAGGCCCUGGCGGGGGAGGCCAUCGUGGCAGCGGCGUGCGGCCGGAACCACACCCUGGCACUGACCGAGAGUGGCUCCGUGUUCGCCUUUGGGGAGAACAAGCUGGGCCAGCUGGGGCUGGGGAACCAGACGGACGCCGUGCCCAGCCCCACCCAGAUCCUGUACAACGGGCAGCCGAUCUCCAAGCUGGGCUGCGGGGCCGAGUUCAGCAUGGUCAUGGACUGCAAGGGGAACCUGUAUUCCUUCGGGUGUCCAGAAUAUGGACAGCUGGGGCACAAUUCCGACGGGAAGUUCAUUGCGCGGGCGCAGCGCAUCGAGUACGACUGCGAGCUGCUGCCGCGGCGCCUGGCCCUGUUCGUGGAGCGCACCAAGGACGGGCAGGUGCUGCCCGUGCCCAACGUGGUGGUCAGGGACGUGGCCUGCGGGGCCAACCACACGCUGGUGCUGGAUUCCCAGAAGCGUGUCUUUUCCUGGGGAUUUGGGGGCUACGGGCGCCUGGGCCAUGCCGAGCAGAAGGACGAGAUGGUUCCCAGGCUGGUGAAACUCUUCGACUUCCCAGGACGCGGCGCCUCCCAGAUCUACGCGGGAUACACCUGCUCCUUCGCCGUCAGCGAGACAGGUGGAUUGUUCUUCUGGGGUGCCACCAACACUUCCCGGGAAUCCACGAUGUAUCCCAAAGCCGUGCAGGAUCUGUGCGGAUGGAAGAUCCGCAGCCUGGCCUGCGGGAAGAGUUCCGUGAUCGUGGCAGCCGACGAGAGCACCAUCAGCUGGGGACCCUCACCCACCUUCGGGGAGCUGGGAUAUGGGGACCACAAACCCAAAUCCUCCACAGCAGCGCAGGAGGUGAAAACCCUGGAUGGGAUCUACACCGAGCAGGUGGCCAUGGGCUAUUCCCACUCGCUGGUGAUCGCCCGGGACGAGUCAGAAGCGGAGCAGGAAAAGCUGCGGAAGCUCCCGGAGUACAACCCCCGCACCCUCUGAGGGGCCCCGAUCCUGAUCCCAAUCUUGCUUCUCCAUCCCGCCCGCCGUUCUCCCUCCCCAGUCCCGUAUUCCCAGCUCUCGGUGGGAUCAUUCCCACCCCCAUUCCCGGCUUUUGGAAUUCCC